AUGAUGGAGAUAAGGGGAGUAAUUUCACUGCAGUGUUUAACUACAGUUCUACCCAUGUUGCAUUUAGCUGGCAGCGAAACAACAGGCUAUAACGUCCACGUCGCCGUAGAGCAUCUGACGCCCGUCGUCGGACUGGACUACUAUAUCCCGUGUACAUUAAUCAUCGACUCACUCAGUGACAUGGAAAAAUUAUACACGUUCAAUUUAAUUUUUGCACUAACUAACCUGACGUGUUCAGUGUCCAACUGGCAAUUUUGCGAGACGGCCUUUAGUGCCCCACAAGAUGGCAGCUGUGGUUGCAAUUGGAAGACGAUAUCUUCCGACGAACAUUUGGUGUACAGCUUCUACUUUUACAUCAGGAAAGUGAUCCGUGAGCAUAAC